AUGAGCUACUUUGAAGACCUACGCGACAGCUUGCGGGCUUUCGCGCCCCAGGAGCGUCGCAACCUUCUUUUCUAUAUCCUGGGAAUCAUGGUUUACAAGUUCGGCCUCGAAGCAUUCAACGGAUCCAUCACGGCUCUCGCCACUAACCGAUAUGACUACGAAUCGAUUGUCAACAAAACCGACUCGAGGACAUUCGAACGACUGGCUCUGCUGCAGGGCCUCAACCAAGCGGCACAGUGUGUGGGAAGUAUCAUCAUUGCGCCUCUUGUCAAGAGAUUUCCCACCAAGAACGUCCUUGCGUGCGCAAUUUUCAUCUUUGGCCUCUGCUCCGCCAUUCUCCUGAUCCUCGACGCUGCUACCGGGGGUACCUUUGUCCCGGAGGCCUACCGAGAAAACCAUCCCAAGAACGAGUGGUCCUACUACGGCAAAUAUCCCAACGAUGCCAUUAUCCCGAUAUACACAAUCAGUGGAAUUGCAUACGGCUGUGUUGAACUGAUCCGGCGAAUCAUUCCCCGUGACAUUGUUGGAGGUAUGUCCAGAAGUUGCGAAAGAUGGACUCUAUCGUGA